AUGUCCGAAAAGAUCACCAACCCGGUAACGGUGGCGGCAUCGGUUGACUCAGACAGCGAAAGCGGCAUACCUGGAACAAUAAAGCUCGUUGACGCGAAUAAUGAGUUGGUACUUCAAGAGAGCGGUGAUGUUAUUCUCACGCCGCAGCCUACCAGCGAUCCAGAAGAUCCCCUGAAUUGGUCAAAAUGGAGAAAGCUGAAGGCCAUUGUGCUCAGUCACUUGUACACGAUUGCGAUUGCUUGGUCGUCCGCAGCAGUCUAUUCAAUUCUGGUCCCGAUAUCCGUUAGCACAGACUUAUCAGUUGCCGACCUCAAUGGCGGGUCGGGGACUAUGCUGUUGUUCUUUGGAUGGGGAGUACUGAUAUGGCAGCCAAUAGCCGUCACUUAUGGUCGUCGUGGGGUUUUCCUUCUUUCUCUACUUGGCACGGUUGCAAUUUCGGCUUGGACCGCCCACGCCCCUAGUUAUGCUUCCUGGGUUUCAACAAGAGUUCUACUUGGGCUUGUAGGGGCUCCGAUUGAGGUGGUGCCAGAGCUGGUAGUCACUGAUCUGUAUUUUACUCAUGAACGUGGGUUGCAUAUUGGCAUCUACAUGUUUUGCCUCGCGGGAGGAAAUUACCUUGCGGCAGUGUUCUGUGGAAUCAUCAAUGACCAAAUGGGUUGGCAAUGGGUCAUGUACUGGUGCAGUAUCAUCAAUGCGGUGGUGUUCGUCCUACUCUUAUUUUUCUAUGAGGAAACAGAUUAUUAUCGGCACACCGGAUUCGAAGCAUCCGGCCAAAAUCUGACCGCCACCAACGAGAACGACGCUGAGGCUGCAGCUUCACACAAACCACGCAAAACCUAUCUUCAGAAGCUGAAGCUAUUUAACUACAUUAGCGAAAGGCCGAACGAGUUUUGGGUCUACACUUAUCGACCCUUGGUAAUGUUUUGGACCUUCCCUAUUGUCUUAUGGGCUAGCUGUUAUCACGGAGUUGCUGUACUGUGCUUCAAUGCGUUAAACGCAACCGCAUCUGUGAUUCUAUCUGCAGAGCCGUAUAACUUCUCGAGUACCGAUGUCGGUUUGGCCUACAUCUCUCCUCUUAUUGGAGCAAUAAUAGGAGCCAUCUGGUCUGGUAAGAUUAGUGACUAUAUCUGUCUCCGGAUAGCCCGGAACAAUAAGGACGGACUCAGGGAAGCCGAGUAUCGCUUGUGGGCGGCCAUAGCGCUGUGCAUUGUCCCACCCGUGGGUUUGAUUGUCUGGGGCGUUGGAGCUGCGCAGCAUGUACAUUGGUUCGGCAUUGUGUUCGGAAUGGGAAUGAUGGGAUUUGCUCUGACGACUGGUGGUGGUAUCAUGAUUGGAUACAUCAUCGACUGCUACAAAGAAUUGGCAGGAAGCACAAUGUCCUCGCUGAACAUAAUGCGGUGCACAAUGGCUUUCGGUUUUGGGUAUGCCGUGACUCCAUGGUGGAAUGCCACCGGUACCCAAAACACCUUCAUCACUUGGGCAGUUUUGGUUCUGGUACUCUUUGCUUCAUGGAUACCCAUGUAUAUAUGGGGUAAGAAACUGAGGAUCAGAAGCAAGGAGAGAUACUGGGAACAGGUUAAGUCUGGGGUUGGUAUUCACUGA